AUGUCGACCACAUCCUUUGAGGUUGUUGAGGUUGAGUCCCACGAUGGAGCGAGCGAGGUCGGCAUAUCCAGGGUGCACCGUUUCCCCCAAGUCCUGCAGAACAGCGAUGUGGUAGAAGUCGAGGAAUUCAUCCGAAAUCUUCAAGAUGGAGUCGAUCCUUUCAAGACUGAGCUGGCAGACAGCCUGCAGAAUGCUGGAAACCGAGUUAUGCGGCAGUUUCGGCAUCUGGCAAAAAGACUCACCCAAAGUCUCCAGGUUCUCUGUGAAGUAGCUGAGCAAUGCCGUGAUAAUCUAGGUGUACGAACUGCUCGUCUGCUCGAACGCUCAGCACUUGCAGAGAACGACAGGGUCAACAUCAAGGCAGGCAUCUCGCAGAUGGAGAAGGACCUAUUCGAAAAUGAGCUCUUCCUAGAGUUUCGUGAGCUUGUGCAGGAGUGUGAGGAAGACUUCAGUGAUCAUCAACAAGGGUAUGAUCAGUCCAUAAGCCAGCAGGAAAGCAAGCUAGUCCAUCGUCAUCUCUGGGCAGAGCGUUUCGCCAACCUCUAUGCAGUUUGGUGGUUGCUGAAUGACAAGGUACCCAAAGAUGUGCCCUAUGUUCUCCUGACAUGUUCUGCCCUGUUGGGAUCUGCCAGCUGUAGACUUCCUGGAUCGCUACGUGCACUUGUGCCAGUGUGUGGUCUCGCCAGUGGCCUCAUCUGGUCUGGCAAGAUGUUGAUGUUUGGGAAGCGCACAGACUUUGACUGUGUGCGGCGGGAGACCGAGGACAUUCUGAACAACGUCCGGGACGUCAAACGUUUGGGUUCGAGUAUCUCGCGGUUCUACCAGGAGCUCAAGAAGGACAUGGAGAUCAUCCAGUCACACCGGGCCAAGUUCAGGCAGCUGAGUAAACAGGUCGAUUUCUUGGCGAUGUCGGACCAGGAUGUGAAGAGCUGGGAUGCAGAGACGCUGAGUGUUGCACUGCGUGGCUGGAAUUUGCCAGCGUGCGCGGACACAUUCCUCGAGAAUGGCAUCUCUGGCUAUGCCUUCUGCAACGAUCUGAACGAGCAGGACUUCAUGAACAUGGGCAUUGAGAAUGACUUGACGUUGCGCAGACUCAAGAGCCUGCAGGCCAACGCCAAGGAGGGGAAGCAGGAGUUUUACUGCCCGGACGCCAAGGUUGCCGCAGGGAGCUUGAAGAAGGCUGUGCAGGACGUCGUGGAUUGCAUCUCCAGGACGAAGGCCAAGUACUGCCGAUCAUGA